UAGAAGGUCCAGGAAGAUAGAAAUCAUAGUGGAUGUGGCGGAGCGGUUCCUGGGGCGGAAAGAUUUCUCAGCGAAGGAGUUACAUGGAAUAUUGGCACAAGCCGUACCACCCUCAGGUCCUAGAGCCGUACCACCCUCAGGUCCUAGAGCCGUACCACCCUCAGGUCCUAGAGCCGUACCACCCUCAGGUCCUAGAGCCGUACCACCCUCAGGUCCUAGAGCCGUACCACCCUCAGGUCCUAGAGCCGUACCACCCUCAGGUCCUAGAGCCGUACCACCCUCAGGUCCUAGAGCCGUACCACCCUCAGGUCCUAGAGCCGUACCACCCUCAGGUCCUAGAGCCGUACCACCCUCAGGUCCUAGAGCCGUACCACCCUCAGGUCCUAGAGCCGUACCACCCUCAGGUCCUAGAGCCGUACCACCCUCAGGUCCUAGAGCCGUACCACCCUCAGGUCCUAGAGCCGUACCACCCUCAGGUCCUAGAGCCGUACCGUAGCUGUGUGGACUAA